AUGUGCCGGCCCAUUUUCCUUCACUCUCCCCUCCACUGUGUCGCUCCCCCGCAACAUGUCGCCACCCCCACUACCAUAUCUGAUGCACGUCACUUGGUCACUGUCAGACUUCCACCGGCCGUUGUUCCGGUGGCAGCACGCCAGUCGCAAAGGGCAGCAACAGCGGGCCAGCGAGCGUUCUACAGGUUGAACAGUCACCUGCGCGCUCUCUUUUCCCUCCCCAUUCCCCUAGUAGUGCACCCGAGCUCCCUACACCUCUGUUCCUCACGAGCAGAGACAUGCAUACACUCACGUAUAGCACGGAACCAUCAGCUACCAACUCUCAGGGUGCGUUGUUUCUCCCCCCUCUCUCUCGCCCCCCACCCCCCACUGCUACGCGAGGCAAUGCCGCUAAAGAGAACAGAGGAGGUGUGCGGGAAGCCAAAUCAGUACAACCUGAAGACUCUCGAGUAUGACUGGAAAGAGCUGCCUGACACCCACUUUCAGGUGCCGCCGCCACAGCCUCGUCUGAGAAACUACUCUGCCCUCGCUGGCUAUGGCGCGGCCAAGAGCAGAGUAAACCCCAUAACGCACCAGGCGUUGCCAUCCUUUGGCGCCGGGCCCAACGGUGUUGACACUCUUUCACCAACACCGCUUCCAUCUCCGUCAAGACCAGCUCAAGAAGAGGUGAGACGACGACAAGAGCCUCCGGUUCGGAACUGCAACCGAGAUCACAUGGCGGAGCUGCUCGGUAGUGAAGAUGGCGUCGGGGAUGGACAGACGCCUUCGCGCGAGUUGCGGCGCAGAGCGCGUCCCCCGCCACUCGACGCACAGGAAUUGCCGCAAGUCCCAAAUGGCGAGCACCCACCAAGCGCUUCGUGUCAGCAACUCUUGCCAUACUCUUCUGGGGGUGCGUAUGGUGGAGGCGGCGUACCACAAGGCAACGCUGCUGCAGCACCCCCAGAGCUGCAAGGCGCCAAUGCGUUUAACGUCGCGUGGUCGCACGAGGACAUCAGACGUGUCGUGCAGACCAACAACUUAGAGGCCCAGCGCUCCUACCUGCGAUAA